AUGGCCACGCCUAACGAAGCAUCAGCUCUUUUCUUCAUCAAGAAGCAUCUUCUCGACGAACUUUCUCCGGUGCCUACUGUCAUCACCAAUCGAUGGAUUGACGAACCGGGAGCUUCAGAAUCCAGCUCCGAUUUUUCGAUCUUCGGUUCAUUUGAUCAAACCGGUUUCGAUUUUUCUGAAUUUGAGACUAAACCGGAGGUAAUCGAUCUCGUCACGCCCAAGUUCGCGAACUCGUUUGAUUUCGAAUCGGAGAUUUCUGGUUUCGAACCAAAACCUGUAAUUGAUUCGGAUAAAGUGAAAGCUGAAAUUCCACUUGCGUCGAACGAUUCCUUCACCUUCCAAUCGAAUCCUCGCGUCGUUACUGAUUCAGUCUCUCAUUCGAACCGGAAACCGCCGCUGAAGAUCGCAACGCCGAACAGAACCGAGUGGAUCCAAUUCGCAACCGGAACUCAUCAACCGAAACAGCUUCCCGUGCCGGUAGUCGCAGAAGAGAAGAGGCACUACAGAGGAGUGAGGAUGAGGCCGUGGGGAAAAUUCGCGGCGGAGAUCCGAGAUCCGAACCGUCGCGGAACUAGGGUUUGGCUCGGGACGUUUGACACGGCGAUCGAAGCCGCUAGGGCUUACGACCAAGCAGCGUUUAGACUCCGAGGUUCAAAGGCGAUUCUGAAUUUCCCACUUGAGGUUGGGAUGUGGAAUCCACGCGCUGACGUUGGCCACGGCAAACGGAAGCGAGACGGAGAGGAGGAAGAAAUGACGGUGGCUGAGAAAGUGCCAAAGAGGGAGGAAAGUUACGCCGUUAGUGGACGAGGAGGAGGCGACGGGAAUCUUGAGCAAGCAACGUCAAGUUUGACGGCGAUAGAUGACUGGGACUUGACGGAGUUUCUGAGCAUGCCGCUUUUAUCGCCGUUGUCUCCACACCCACCGUUUGGUUAUUCACAAUUGACUGUUGUAUAA